GUCAACGACAAGAAAAAAAUAAUAAGAUUUGCGACACAUCCUCAAGUUGAUGAAUUAUUUUUUAAAUGGUUUCAGCAGAAAAGGGCCAAUAAUUUUCCAGUAAGUGGUCCAAUGCUAAUGAUGAAAGUCAAUCAAUUCGGAGAAGCUGUCGAUGAUAAUUUUAAAUGCAGUUCAGGAUGGCUAGAUAGAUUUAAAAAGAGGCAUACUAUUUGCUUCGACAAAAUUUGUGGUGAAUCGGCUUCUGUGGACCAAAGUGUUACAAAUGACUGGCUAUUACAAACCUGGCCUACAAUAAGUAACAAUUAUUCCAUGGGCAACAUUUUUAACGCGGAAGAAAAGGGAAUUUUCUAUAAGAUGCUGCCUGACAAAACUCAUGAGAUCAAAGGUGAAACAUGCAGUGGUGGAAAAAUAUCUAAAGAAAGAAUAACUGCCAUGAUUUGUGCUAAUGCAUCGGGCACAGUAAAACGGAAAUUAUUGGUUAUUGGAAAAUAUAACAACCCCAGAUGCUUUAAAAACGUUAAAACGUUGCCGGUAGAUUAUUGUGCUAACAACAAAUCCUGGAUGACUUCUCAGACCAAUACUAAAAUGUUGCUAUUAGUAGAUAAUUGCCCUGCUCAUCCUCAAGUUCGUCUUCACAACAUUAAGCUACAUUUUCUUCCGCUUAAUACUACAUCGGCUCUUCAGCCUAUGGAUCAAGGCGUCAUUAAUAGCUUGAAACAACCUUAUAGAAAGCAGCUUCUGAUGAAAAUUAUGGACCUUCCUGAAGAAGCAAACCCGACAAAAGCUGUGAGUCUUUUAGAUGCUGUCAAUAUGUUAAGUGUUGCAUGUUAAAGUGUCUCUAAGGAAACCAUAAGAAACUGUUUUCGACAUGCUGGUCUGGUAAAAGACAUUCCUCAUGGAUUAGAUUUCGACCCGGGGGACGAUGAAC